GUGACGCCUGCCUUUGGGAAUUCUGUGGUCCGCCGCCAAAUUCAAACAGUGAAAGAGGACAUAAGAGCGACAGGCCGCUAAAAUCCAGAGGCAAUCGACUAGUUUUACAACUGACACUUUCAGCUCAGUCAAUGGCCUCCUCAGUCAUGGAUAAUGUUGGUAAAGCUGUGAUUGGAGUUUGGCGGGCACAUACAGUCUUGGAUGAGUCUGAUGGAGCAGAGAGCUCCCCAGAAGCCCCUGACCGUUUCCGCAAACUUCGGUCCUCAUCUUCACUCAACUCUCUGAGGAUGUCACUGAGGAAGCGACUCCCACUACGAUCUGUCCAGGCCAGUUCCCUCCCUGAACGUCCUACCUGGGAAACUAUGAAGGAACAACCAAAACCCAGCACAGUCAACAAGCUUACUCGCAGCGCUCGUAACUCCAUCAAUGGAGUGUAUCAGAGGUUACAGAGGACCAGAGAGUUUUCCCGUGAGGAGUGUUUGGUAGUGACCCCGGGUCGUGACGGAGAAAAUGCUGGUGCAUCAGAUUCGUGCACCCCAAAGCGUACACCUUAUCGAGCUGCAACACCCAGACGCACACCCAGACCAGCAGCUACCCCCGGCUCCAAAGGACGAAGGACUCCUGAAGCAUCCGUACGAGGAGUGAAGACAGGAGGUGGCAGGAGGCAACUGGUUCGCAUGGCUGCUUUACGAAGUCCCUUCGCCUCCCCAAACACGCAGAGCCAGAAGCUGAAAUUUGACCAAGAUUUGGAGUCAGUUUCCAGCGGACUGAGGAGGCUCAAACAUCUUUCAAAGGCCUUUGAUGAUCUCAUUGGCAGAGACAACAGACCUGGUCCAAAGGAACGUUCUGGGGGAGUGAUGAUGAGAAAGUUGGAUCCCAACGGUAAACUCAGCCGCUCAAACCUCACACGCAGAGCCACUCGCCUCUCAGACACGCUGGGCACUUGGGCCCACACAGCUGUAAACACUGUUCGUAAACCCAACUGAACUACGGGCAUGUCUGUCUGUAUAAUACAGGACUUUUUGCAGCCAUAUUUUACACUUAUUAUGAUCGUGGCAUCACUGUUACAUAUACACAGUAUUAUCAUCAUGAUACUGGGAGACUGCUACGCUGCAGCUUGUCUUUUUCUGUGUAUCCUCUGCGUAUUUGGCAGCAUCUGUGUGUUUACAUGUCUCAGGUUAGCUUGUCGUGGGUAAUAUCCUCACUGUAGCUGCCAGAGGAAUUUCCUAUAUAUCUGUCGUAGCUGCUACAGCCAAAAUGUUUUAGUUACACUUUAAAAAUACUAAUAUUGUACUUUCUGUUCUCAUUCUUUUAGAAACCUUGUGCAACAUAAUGAAAUGUACUCUAAAGAAAUCUUGAACAAGAACUAAACUAACGCUACAUUUUCUGACAAGAGGGGAAAUGUAUUUCCUCUCCAUUUAUAUGUAUGCAAUAAAGUUACUAACACUUGUUAUGCCAUUUGAAAUAUUUUUUGAGCAUACCAAAUUAUCAAGUGUAUUUUCUAAAACUCAGUCUUUAAACGUGAAUGUUCCUUGAGGCAGAAGUUGGCACUUUUAAUGGCCCGUGGAUGAUUCAUGCACCACUACUGUACACAUAAAUCAUCUGAUAAUGUGAUGGGGGAAAGAUUUAGUGGCUCAUUACCAGAUGAUGGCUAUAAUGAUGAUGUUAUAAAGAGAUAUCCAGUAUCUUAUUAGUGACUGUCAAGCUAACGGCCUCAAAUGGAGUAAAGCUCUUCUGUGGGUUUUUCUUUUUUUCUUUUUUAUUGUAUUGGUACCUUCUAUUUCUGCAUUAAUUCGAAAAAAUGGAGAAGAGAACAUAUGUCCAAAUGUGAAAAAAAUAAAAUUUUGCCUUUUUA